UAUAACCACCACUACCGUGUGCCAGCGGUGUAGUUCGCCAUUGGAGUAAGCCAAGUAACCAACAAUAGGCCAAAGCAGUGCAGUAAAGAAUAUUCUGAGGUAUUGACUUAACCAUAGAUAAAAAGUUCAGUAUUGACAAUCCAACUAAUCUCUGUGAAUUUAACUUAGAUAAGUAUCGAAAAAUAAUAAAAAUAAAUCAAAAAAGUUACCGCCAUGCCGUUAACGACUGCCUCUCCAAAACCGCUACAUAAAUAUAUGCUUGGUGCUACGAACAUCGAUGGCAAUGACAGUCCGUACCACAGUCAGUUGAAGCCACAGAGACAAGAACAGGAUCAACAGUUGCAGCAAGAGCACCAAAAGGAUACAGAGAUGCAUCAGUAUGGCACUGUAGCAAGAAGUUCCCCCAAACAUCAGCAAAAACAACAAAAAUACCUAACGAGCAAGCCUUAUCAAGAGCAACAGCAGCAGCAACAGGCGCACCAAGAGACAGAUCGAAUGUCGACAGAAAUUACUGUUACGACAUCAUCUAAUGGCCAGGAUUCAAGGAAUAUGUCAGACCUACUACAGCUGCAACUGCUAUCAGAGCAAUCAGUUAAAUAUGGAAAUAUGGUCUCUCAAGAGACAUUGAAACACUCAAACCAACAGUUUGCAGAACUCACCGCUAAAAUGCCACCAAGUCAACAUAAACAACAACAGCAGUUGCAACAAAAGCAGCGGCAGGAGCAAAGUUGCCAUCCCAUGCAGAAGGUAUUUUCAGUAAAUAAAACACAGCAACAACAACGAAACAGUAUCAAUGCAAUCAAUAGCAAUAAUGGCUAUAGUUACAAUCAUAAAAAGAAAUUACCAAGUCAUUUCAACAACAUUAACGACAGCAAUUACAACAACGGUAGCUGUGAUGCCAACACCUUGCACGAAAAUAAACUUCACAACGUGAGAAAUCUUGAUGAGCCCGAUGGCAUAGGCAACGGAAGUGACGUAAGCGCUUGCAGUAUUGAUGCCAAUCUUUUGGCUGAAAUGAACGGCAGCACCACUGCUGCUGGCCCCCAUGUAGGUAGCUUGGUUUCCAUCACCAGCGAACAGCAACUCUGUCAGCUAUACAAUUCACAACAGCACUCCGACUACAUAAUAUCCGAUUACAUGGAGAAAAUAGCCACGCGCAUUAGUCUCUUGGAGACUGAAUUGAAAUUUGCUUGGCGUUCUCUCGAUUUGCUCUCCGGCGAGUAUGGUAAAAUUUGGGCGCGAUUGGAGAAACUCGAGAAGAUAUCGGUUGAGCAGCAAUCGGUUGUUAGUAAUUUAAUGGGCUUGAUCGCACUGAAGCAAGAACAUCAGCGUAAACAGCAGCUACAACUCAAUCAAAGCCAGCAGCUGAUUGCCGAGUGUGAGUCACAUUUAGGCUUUAUGGACAGCGAUGUGGUUGCCGAACAGCGUCGCUCACCUUUUGACUACCUCUUGCGCGAUGAACAGUUGUUGAUGUCAAAUUUAGUUGAAGCCGAGCAGCAGGCCAUUCUACUGAACAACUCUGCUGCUGCUCUGCUGCAAGAUAUAGACAUGGAAGGCACUUCGAAGCAAUACAGUAAUCUAUUGCAGGAACUAAAAAAUGACACCUUAGAUGCUUUGGAAGCUGUACGCAUGGAUAGUGAGUUGGACGCACUGGACAAGUUGCUGCAACAGCAAACGAGCCUAAUAUACAGCGGCCAUUUCGGAGAAACAAAACCCGCGUAUAUGAUGUACCCACUUGGCGAACAGGAAAAUUUGCAACACUCUGGCCGCUUUGAAGUGGGCGACGACGCAAACACAGCACUGUCGCAGCUUGCGCACCAUGACGGACUUAGUGGAUCGCUUUCAACUCUGGGCCAUGUCGAGCAGAGGAAGCACCAAGAAGAAGCUGCUGCAAUUACCGCAGCAACAAUGUCACGACACAAACUGUAUUCGGACUCAGAUAUACUUAUUUACGAGCAGCAGAAAAUGCAAGAAAACGACGCUAAAGGCCAACUGCUGCCGCAGUUCUUGAAUAGCCGUCAGUUACUGGAUAAGCUUUCAUCCGGCGGUGGAGGCGAUGAGAAAAUCGAUCGUCUGCAGCAGUACAAGGUGAGCGGUAGCAUGCAGAGCUUACCUUUUGCGUAUGGAGAGGUUUUCGGCUCGACAAUCGCGACAGAUAGCUCACUGAAAAAGGCACACUCACUGGCACACAUAAGACCGCAACUAUUUAGCGAUUUACCCGCCGAAGGGAGUGUUGGAGGCAUAUCAACUGGAAAUGUGACCGAUAUUGAUUUGCCUUUGAUUGAUUUUGUUGAGCAGGUGAAGUUUUUUCGGAAAGCGGCCUCUAAACAUGGCGAGGGCGGGCAAAUUGAUGUGGCCAUAGAGGAUACGGGAGGGACAUGCGAGGAGGCGGCUGGAAACAUUGGCCACAACAAUGAAAUGAACGAAGAAUUUUACAAAAAACUUAACGAGGCGUAUCGUGAUAAUAAUCUGACAACUGAAAUCUCAAAUGUGGAGCGGCUACUGCAGCAAUCCGAGGCUACACACGAACACAUACUAGGCGGCUUGGGUACGUGCACGAACUCCGCGCUGGGUAUGAUACGCGAAGAUAAUGAAGAGUCGCCAGAGGUGCUUGUGCGUCCACGCGAUGAACUAUCGGAAAAUAUGUCUUCCGUGGCUGCAGCAACGACAACUACAAACUUAGUGUCAACAACAACGUCAACAGUUGCGAAAAAGAUGAAGGAUAGCAAGAAGCAAAAGAAAAAAAAACAUCAUAAAGAUGAAAUGGAAAUGUUGAACAACUUGAAGAGUGCAUUGGCAGAGGCCGCAAAAUCAGCAGGGGAUAAUGGGAAAACGCAAACAUGCGCUUGCACAUCUGUCGAUCUCUUCAGCAGUAUCAAUAUAACAACUGGUCCUUAUAUAGGCGAUCGACGCUCAACCGCUUCGUCGUCGGAGGAAGAGAACAGCGGUAUUGGCACACAAUUUCACGGUCAAGACCACUUCUUUUCGCAAUUAAAUGAGGAUAAAACUGUGCUUCUCGAUAGUACAGGCGAGAUACUGCUCAUGGAGAUAAACAAAAUUCAAGACUUGCAAGUACUGAACGGUGCACAAAUACUUAAAUUGCGGCAGUUAGUGAAAAAGGAGGCCGCUUUUUUCGAAAAGAUCCAUAAAUUCAAUAAAAACCUUCUGCUCCUGCUUCUAAAUCCCGUUACAAUGGCUGAGGAAAUGCGGGCACUAGGCAACGACAAGCAGCGCAAAUUCGAGACAGUGAUGAAUAAAUUGGCAAGGAAUAUUGAUACGCUGAAAAAGUUGGUUGGGAAUUCGUUCGAUGACUACAAGCGAAAGUACCUGGCUGACGCUGAGUUAACCUUGAUGAAAGCAGCAGGGGAAGUCUCUGGCGACAACAAAGAGACUGCGUUUACCACGACGUCAACAGCUAAAUCGUCGAAAAAAAAUGGAAAAUCUAAAAAAGGAGCCUUUAAGCAUCACAAAGCAUCACUGGAAUGCGUGCCGGACUUUACGCACACAAACGAUAAAAAAGAUAAACUUGUGGAAAAUAAAUCCUCGCUUGAACAGCACAUUAAUAUUAAAAACAGUGCCAGUAAUAAAGCACAUUUCGACUAUAGUGCGCACUUAUUACGCAAUAAUUCCAAUUUAGAUGAGCAGCUGAAAAUACUAGAAACACAGGAGCAUAAAAUGCGCCUUAAAAAGUUGCAUGACCCCGCCGCUAGCACGAGUGGCAGCAGUGCUGACAUCGUUAGCUGCACCGGCAUUGAGCUACGACAGUCAUAUUCCAACUUCUUGUGUACGGACAACUAUUUGGCCGACAUGGACAUAGAGUUGGAGCGCAUGCUUUUACAAACAUCCACAGGCACGACUAGAAACAGGACAAGUGAAAGCUGUAUAUCGCAGCCGUUCGGUCGGGCGACCUCUGCGACAAAUCUUUACAACAACGAUGAGUACAUUAAAUCGCUGAAGCGCAGCUUAGAGCGACAUAACAGCAUGCUCUUCUUGCUACAUUUGCAAAAUCCCGAUCAACACCACAAAACAAAUGCAUAUCAAGACAUUUUGGCUGUGGACAUUGACGGUAUUCUCUUAGCCGGUGUGGGCGGUUCCCAAAGUCCCCCACCACCAGCACCGAAUGAUGCCCAUCCUGAAGUGUCGAAUGAAUUUAGUGAAAAUGAUAACGCCGUUGUUGACGAUUCAAUACCAUCAAUGCGAUCCUUGAAUCCUUUUCACCAGCAAGCGCAUGCAGCAGCGUAUAGUGGCGCUCAUCAGCAGCUUCAACAUGCCGGCGGCUCGCCAAAACCGACAAAAUCUGAUUCUGGGCUUUCGUCUAUGAGCGGCUUAUCUAGCUGGGAAAAAUCACCCAAUUCUCCUGUGUGCGCUGCAGGAAGCAGUAGUGUUGCUAGUAGUGGUGAUAUAUGUAAUCCCUUCCUUAGCAAGUAUCAAGGCAUUAAUAUAGGCAUGCAGCUCCUAAUGGCUGAAGCGGUGCCCUCGAACAACUGCCACUUAUUAAACUUGGAUAGUAAUGGCUUAAUGGGAGAUCCCAGUGGCAGACUUGAUGUGGGUCAUGAUGUCAAUGAUAUGCUUUUAAAUAUUGGUAGUGCUGACUCUGAAUUGGUGACUACAACACGAGCCGUCACCAUAACCACAGCUUGUUCCGUCAUACCAACAAUAAUCAGCUCAACUAUUGCUACGUUUUCAAACACGCACGAUAAAACAAUGCAGCUACCAACACAGGUGCAACAUCAAAUUCCCCACCAAAAGCCACAAUCUCAAUCGCACAAACAACAACAUAAAGCUCUACAACCAACAGAAAAAGACUACAUGUUUAGCGAAGAGAAUCUGAACUACAUACGGGAACUAUCAAAGAACAUGCCCAUUUGUUCGGUAUACGAGCACAAGUCAAUUUUCAAUAUAUUGAAAAAUGAUGCCUUGGAUGAGAAUAUUCGAACUGUGGAUGAAAUGCUUGCCUGGGAUCAGCAACAGCAGCAGCAACAACCACAAAAUCAGCAGAACCUUGCUACAACUGCUAGCGGAUUCGUCGAACAAAACCACCGCAUUCCGGAUCUCUUGCGCACACCCGUUCAUGCAGAGUCUUCUAAAGGUGAGAGGGAUGUUUUUAUCGAUUCCCACGAAGAUACUUCCAGUGAUAAAGGUGAAUUGCGUGAGACUCAAACACGUAGGCGAUAUCUCACAGAUCGUCUAGUAUACUAUCCAACUUCUAAUGGCAUUGCCGAUUAUAACAGCAGCAAAAACUUGGAUUAUAUGGGCAAGAACAACUUUGACUAUCGGCGAUUUCAAAAUCAACAGCAGCAGCGUCACCAAUCUUACAGAUGUGUAACUGGCGUUGGUUAUGCUGAUGCGUCGUCAUCGCCAAGUGAACCGCCACGAAAGACACCACAACAACAGCAGCAGCAUUUGUUACAGACACAACGACGAACAACACCAGCCACCUACGAAUUGUGCAAUCAGCAGACGCAGGAAAGAAAUAGUUUGCUCGACAGUCGGGCUUAUGUACUACAACAACUGCCUUCCAAUUCACAUCAUCUUAUCGCCUCAGAUUCAUCUGUUCUGCUAGAUUCAAAUACCUCUCAUUUUGGUGGCGUUGUAGCGCGUGAUGGUGCGACUUCCCAAAACAUGACUUUGUCCUCGGCGUCUUCUGGCGCAGUUGGGUUGGCUGGCGGUAUGCCUACUUUGAGUGGCAGUGUGAACAACGCUGUUGCUGGUGGGCAGCCGAUACUCCAUAAGCACCCUAAGGUUUGGAAUAAGCUCACUCAUUUCUUACCGGAAAAUUUCAAAUUGAAACGGUCAUCAAGAUACGGCCGUUCGCAGUCAUUACCCACUGGAUAUGAGAAUGACGCGUGCGGCAGUAAAAUUCAAUCUCGUGGCCAGGCUGGCUCUUACCCCUCUGUUGCUGGUUACAUCACACCCAGUGUUUCCGAUUCCCACACCGAGCCUAAUGGCAGGGAUGUGUCAGAGUCCAUGAUGUAUAACAUGACGGGCCCGGCACCGACGUCGUCAGCCAAAAGGCAGCAGCGUGGAAUAAAGCAUUUGGGGGGCAGCUUCGACUUUUCAAAGCGUCUUCACAAAUUGCCUUUGCAGCUGGUGCAGCGUGCUACGCAUCCGGGCACUCGCACGGUUGCCAGCACAUCUACAUCAUCCGCAACUGCUGCCACCGGUUUAGCCAGCGGUACCAGCAUUAAGAAGAUAAUAGCCGGCAAGGGUCACAAGACUCGCUCUAAGUUUUCGGUGACCGUGAAUAAUUUCAUGCAUAAAGCCAAAACAUACCGGCGGCACAGCUUUGUGCCAGGGAGUAGUGGUGGUGGUGGUACAAUGGCGACGGCGAUAGUGGGUAGUGUCUCGGAUACCGAAGCAGAUUUGCCCAGUUUCACAUCUUCCGACAACGAAGACUCAAUAGUGAGUGAUACUGGAGAAUUAAAUGCGGUUGUGUCCGAUGGCAAGCCUUUUGAUGAUUAUGAUGUUAACGCAUUCGAGGCUCAAAAGUUGCAGCUUCAGAAACACGAUACACAGCACAUGAAGAUACUGCACCAGAAACAGCAACAACAACCAAACCAACAAACGGAUACCAAACUAACUAAACAAGAAGAGGAGUCCAGAGAACAGGACGAAGAAGAUGACUAUGAAGAAGACGUGCCUUCUUAUGGAGAAGUUGACGAAUUCUGUGACACGAAUGAUCAACACUAUGGGACAAAUGACUAUCAAGGAAAUGAAAUUGAAGAAGAUAUCGAUGCAAUAGCAAUGAGUAUGUUCCCUCAAAUAUGCAAAUUAAGUCACACAGAAGUGCCAAAAACUGGCGUAGAAAAAGAAGGCAGUGUCUCACAGUCACCACCAAAAGUAGCGGACGAAAAAACGGAACAAAUAAUUACCAAUAAUAAAGGGAGCCUGUUUCCGGUUAUGAGCGACAUUAGACGCCAGCAUCAAUACCAACACCAACCAACAAACGAUGCUCUUUUCACACCUGCUACACCUGAAGAAUCAAUACCCGGCUCCUGCCCUUUAGCAAAAACUCAGCUGCAUAAAAGUGCCUCCGUUUUCGUAGAUGACGAGGAAUUCGAUUACAGCGAUAGAGGUGACAUCAUGCAGCCAGAAAUACAAGCAGGUUGCUCAUCGUCGACAGUCGGCAAUGAAGCACCCCAGUUGCUAAUAACAAAAUUGAACAAUAAUUCCGAUCUGGCUAGUAUGAGCACAAUCCCUGGCAUGGAGUACACGCUAAAUGGGCAAGGUCAACGAAAUAUUCUAACACAACAAUCGCUCGACGUACCAGCAGGGGGAUUACACGAAGAUGACGAUAACCGUAGCCAACAUUCAUACCGCACCUUAUCGUCGUCACGUCGGCAAAGCACCGAAGACAGCAUUGAUACAGACGAUGAAUACUUUUGCUAUGAAUUGCGGCAGUUGGAAGUGUUGGAACAACAACGCAAAGCUGAGGUACAAGCCGAAGCUUCCGCUGCAGCUGCUACAGUCGACAAUUCUCAAUUGUUCUCACAAAUCGAUCAGCUAGCGCUAAAGAGCACAGCUGGAUAUUACAAUUGCGACGGCAGAAAGUAUGAAGAUGGUGAAAGCGAGUUGUUGUCUGACAAAUAUGAGCCAGAUGAAAGUGUAAAACAACUUAUGUUUGAAGUUUUGAGAGAAUUGAAAUAUGUUGCCAAGCAACUACCAGCUACUGAUGAUUCCAAGUCCGAGGAAGCCACCAAAGCUCCACCAAAACGGCAGCAUUUCCAGCGGCGAAGCUCAACAAAAUCAAGCGUAAAUACGUUCGAACGAGUAACAAAAGUGACGGAUAUGCAUAGUGCGUGGCAAGAUGCUAAUGGCGAUGAUCUGCAACGCAAAUAUUCGGAUAUUGAUGCGGAUAAAUACGCGGGUGUCAAUGCUGCCAGCAGUGUUGCUUUGGAUGAAUUUAACCCAUUGCACGCCAUGGAGAGCAUCGAAGAAGCUGCCCGGCAUGAUUUCGAGAAAUGUCAGCGGCGGCAACAGCGUCAGCUUCAACUGCAGACACAGAAUGUGGCAAGUGUUGAGCGUGCGGUGCCUCAGAAACGUUUUAGAAAACGACGGGACAGGCGUCGUACGAACGACAGUUGUUUAGAUAAUGAAGCGAGCCACGAGUUGCAUCAUUCAGCAAGCUCCUCAUAUUCAUCCGAAGAGGAAGCUGCGAGCGCUAUGAAACGCUAUAAAGAGAAGGUAAAACCGGCUCAAAUACGUGGAAGUAGCAGUAGUGACAAGCACAAGCGUGCAUCUAUGACACGAGCAAUUCCACAUGAACCCGAAUUCUAUGGCGAAAUUGUGCCAAAUGAAUUGCAAAUAACCGAAGCUAUGCAGUCGUCAACUGAUGAUAAAGUAGUUGCGAUUGAUGAAAAUAUCGAUGAUGAAGAGUUUAAAAAUCUGAGUAUGUCAUCCGGUGCCACACUUGGUCCAGAUACGCCAGCUGAACUAAGUGAGGAAUUGGAGGGCGACCAGCUAACAUACAAGACUGCACCUAACUACCAAGCAUUCAAAGAUAAUCAUAGACGAACGGAAAUAGUCAAUGGAGAAGUUCAAGAAAUUAUGAAUGCUUCACAAAGUAGUGAUGCUCAUUCCGCUCAUAAACAUGCUAAUCAUAUUUCGGUUGAAGCUACAGACAGUACGCAGUCGCCUCUACUCCAGGCGGGAAAAGAAAUAGAAACAGAAACUCAAAUAGAGCCAUCGAAACCACCAUCACGACUCAUAAGUCAUGAUUCUAGUAUUGAGAGUAGUGGCACUCAGGUAACUAACGGCAACGCAUCUGUACUCGGAAGUAGCAAAUGGAAGCUUUUGAAAACACUCAAAGAACGUAAAAUCGAAGAAAAAAUUAAUCAGGACAAAAUUAAAGAUGAUGAACUUACCAAAGAUCGAGAAAAGAUUCCAUGUUUGUUACAUAUUAAAAAAAAA